AUGGGCACCCACCUUGAGUGGGAGUACGAGCUCAAAAACAGAGACGAUCCAGAAGUACCACCGAACGUAGAUGAGGUUUCCGGAGGUGCCGGUGCAGUAGGUACGGCCGUAGGUGUAGCGAUUCUAGAGAGUGGCGCAGAUGUUGUAUUUGUCGAUGUCUCCGACCCCACUCCCGAGAGUUGGGGUACGCAGCGCAUACAAGCUUCCAAAUUUGAUCUCAUGUAUAACUGUGACCAGAUCGGAUUCAGGAAGUUGCGCGAGGAUGAACCCAGCAUCACAUCAGCCUUCGACACCAUCCGUGCUAAGCUUCGUCAUCCGAUCCGGGGGCUCGUCUCCUGCGCCGCCAUCUCCGGCGAAAGCGAUGCUUGUUCGUACCCCAUCGACACGUUUCGUACAAUCCUCGAUAUUAAUAUCUCCGGCACCUUCCUCAUCGCCCGUGCCGUAGCGAACGAACUGCACAACGCCAAUCAAUCGGGCAGUAUCGUCCUGUUCGCCUCGAUUUCAGGUCACAUUUCUAACCAUGGAAUCAACACUGCCGCGUACAAUGCUUCGAAAGCGGCAGUGCAUCAACUUGCUCGAUCGCUUGCCGCGGAAUGGGGUCACCCACAGAACACUUUUCCCGGUAGCACGGUCACGGAAACAAACCCAAAUCCCAGCCAAGAGCCACGAAAAGCUUAUCCGCCGAUUCGAGUGAAUACUAUCAGCCCCGGUCAUAUUGACACGCCUCUGAGCGCGGAAGCGCGGAAGAGGGGGUUGACGGACGAGUGGGCGAAACAGAAUAUGCUGGGGAGAAUCUCGGUGCCCGAGGAGUUCCGAGCGCCGGUGUUGUUCUUGCUGGGUGAGGGAAGCAGUUAUGUCACUGGUUCUGUAAGCCUCUCUUCUUUGACAGACAUAGAAAGAGACGAGAAUGCGAAGCUGACAUGUCAUGUGUAG